AUACAGCUCUCUUUGCGUGUUGCCACACCCUCAUUCCUUUGUGGAUGGUACUGGGGUUUGAACUCAUGCCGCUGGGAUUACAGGCGUGAGUGACUGCGUCUGGCUAUCCUCAUUUUUAAUAUCACAAGGGGACAAUGAAAAGAAACAGAAACUUUUGGAAGCAAGAAGGAACAUGACUCAAAGGUGGGUGGGAAAUUCCUGUGGCCAUUAGAGGGUUGCUGGUGUAUAAAAUGCUCUUACCUUCCACUUCAGAACUUGCUUUCAGAUUCGGUGUUUCUACUCUCUCCAAGAAGAGAAAGCUAGACGCAGCAGCACUGAGAAGGAACAUGAAUCUGAAGGGCAUGGUUGUAGUCCUGGCUCUGCUAUUCUAUGCUGCAAUUGUUCAAGGCUUCCCGAUGUUCAGAGGCGGGCGCUGUCUUUGCCUAGGCCCCAGGGCUAGCGCGGUGAAAGUGGCUCACAUUGAGAAGGUCGCCAUCCUCUACCCGAGCAACAGCUGCGACCACAUGGAGGUGAUUGUUACCCUGAAAGCACAGAAAGGACAGCGCUGCCUUGACCCCAGGUCAAAGCAAGCAAGCUCCAUGAUUAAGCAAGCUCAGAGAAAGAGUUUUUUGAAGAAGAAAACCCUAUGAAGUCCUGGGAAAGAGGCUUGGAAGCCUGGAUCGAGCCCCGUGCCCUGGAGCCCCAGCCCCU